CACUCACACGCGCGGGCCCGACCGGGGCGGCCGAACCGCCUGGCUCGGCUGCCGCCAGGUGGCCACCACCUCGUCGUCUCAGCUCCGCCUCGCCUUCCAAUAUCUCUCUUCCUUCGCCGCCGCCGCGCGCGCACUCUCCUUCUCCUAGGCUUCUCUACGCAUCGUCGCCUUGGCCCCGAUGGAGAUGGCGUGCUUCAACGGCUCGCUCUCGCCGCGCCUGACCUGCGACCGGCCGCGGGGUAGGCACGCGCACUGUAGAGCGGCGCUGCGGUACCUCCCGCAGCGCGCGGCCUCCUUCCCCGGGCGGCUCGCACGCGGCGCGGCGGUGGGUCGUGGCAGGAGGCGGCUCGCGGCGGCGGCGGAGCCGCAGACCUUGCAGGAGCAGCCGGCGCGGACGGAAGGGUCGGGUGCCGCCGAGGCUUGCUCCAAGCUGAUCCUUGUCGUCGGCGGGACCGGUGGCGUUGGGCAGUUAAUUGUAGCAUCUUUGCUGAGCAGGAACAUCAAGUCAAGGUUGCUCCUAAGAGACCCCGAAAAGGCAGCGUCUCUAUUUGGCAAGCAGGAUGAGAGCGUUCUGCAGGUUUACAAAGCGGACACAAGAAAUACUAAUGAUUUGGAUCCACAAAUGUUUGAGGGAGUUACGCACGUGAUCUGUUGUACUGGGACUACAGCAUUUCCGUCAAAGCGCUGGGAUGGAGAUAACACUCCAGAACGUGUAGAUUGGGAUGGUAUCCGAAAUCUGGUUAGCGCCCUGCCACAGACAAUCAAGAGACUGGUUCUUGUGUCAUCCAUUGGUGUUACAAAAUACAAUGAACUGCCAUGGAGUGUCAUGAAUCUCUUCGGUGUGCUCAAGUACAAGAAGAUGGCAGAAGACUUUGUCCGCAAUUCAGGCAUACCAUUCACCAUUAUCAGGCCUGGAAGAUUGACUGAUGGGCCCUACACUUCGUAUGAUCUUAAUACGCUUCUUAAAGCUACAGCUGGAGAGCGACGAGCAGUAGUUAUAGGCCAAGGUGACAAGCUUGUGGGGGAAGUUAGCAGACUGGUGGUGGCAGAAGCUUGUAUCCAAGCUUUGGAUAUUGAAUCCACUGAAGGACAAAUAUAUGAGAUUAAUUCAGUGAAGGGCGAAGGACCUGGAACGGACCCAGAGAAAUGGAAGGUGCUAUUCAGAUCUGUUCAAUCAAACUAGUGGCAUUCUGUGAAGCUCUAUGAUACAUUGUAUAUUGUACUGUAGUGUAAUUCCAUUGAAGCAGCAUAAUCCAUUAGUCAUUGUCUCAUUGAACAGUAGCAAUUAUGUAUACAGAUUUAGGUUCAAUCACUUGCAAGUUGCACAGAUUGUUUGGUUUGUGUACAUGAUGUGAGCACGCAGAUACGACCAUUGCCUCCCAAAAGGGAUUGCUGGUGUUGGAAAGUAAAGUGCAAUAUUCAUUGGGUUUGGUA